UGCGGAUACGCAGAGGUUCUGAUCGUGAGUUGUGAAAUUUCCUUACGGAGCUCUUCCUAUGAACGGAUUAUAUUAACAAGAUACUACCAGCUCGUGGAGUGGGUAGUACCCGAUGAACAAUCGUCACUUGUAGCAGAGAGAAAAAGCACGCAUGGGAGAAAACCAGCUGGUGGGGAUGCCCAGUGCUUGUUUCACAGUCUUGAUAGCCAGGGCUGGAUGUGCGUCAAUCUUCUCUCGCUCUCAUUAGUUGGUUUCACUCUUGAGGACACCUUCACAGUCUCCUCGACGCUUGAUCAUGAGCUCCACCUUCUCAGUCCUAAACCCCUCCCGAUUAAUCACGGUAGUCGAACUCGUCUUAAAAAGGACCUUGGGAGUUUUGUAUCCGCUUACAUUUUUGAUGACGGGCCAGCCAGUAGGGCCAUAUGGGGUAUUUUACAGAAUCGGUGGGAGUCCCUUUCUGAGACAGAAGCAAAAGGCCAGGUCCGCCGGCUCAAUCUCAUCUUCCAAAUUCGAAAGGCUUCACUCUCUUCCCCCGGGCCCCCGGCCUCACCUCCCUCCCUCCCCGUGUAA